CCUGCUUGGAUUCUGUAUCUCAUUUGCACCAAUUCACAUCACAUUCAAGUAUUCCAUUUGUCCAACCAACAUGACGCUGACCAGCAUGUCGAUUGAAGCCCACCGCCCGCUCGAUGCUGCGAUCCCAACAGAGGACCACCGAAAACUGUUGGAUAUCAUCGACAGUCUACGUGCUCAGGGUGUCAGUCGCUUCGUUGCCCUGCCACAGAUUAUUGUCUGCGGAGAUCAAUCCUCGGGGAAAAGCUCUGUCUUGGAGGCAAUCUCCGGCUUGCGGUUUCCAACCAGAGACAACCUGUGCACUCGCUUCGCAACAGAGCUGGUCCUCCGCCGUGGUACUGAAACCAACACAAAGGUGUUCAUCAUCCCCGGCGAGGAUCGCUACGACCAGGAAGAGAAGGAAUCACUUGAGAAUUGGCGACCCAGUGUCGACAUAGACAAAGAUGGUCUUGAGGCAGUGACAGAGGCAGCCUUAAAAGCCAUGGGUAUGUCGGGGGAUCGGAGGUUCUACAGCGAUAUUUUACGCAUUGAGCUGUCGGGGCCGACUCAGCCGCAUCUCACCAUGGUCGAUCUCCCCGGGCUCUUCCGGACCGGCAAUAAAGAGCAGUCUGAAGCGGACGUUGAGACUGUCUGUACCAUGGUCACGACAUACAUGGCUCGCGAAAGAAGCAUUAUCCUAGCCGUUGUCUCUGCCAACUACCAGUACGUUCUGCAAGAAGUGACCUCAAUGGCGCAGAGAGCGGACCCAGAUGGACUGCGCACCAUGGGCCUGAUCACAAAGCCCGAUAUGCUGGAUUCUGGCUCCGACUCUGAGAGCUAUUGGGUGCGCCUCGCGCAGAACGCCGAGGUGGAACUCCGGCUGGGGUGGCAUGUCUUGAGGAACCGCAACUAUGAGCAGCGAAAUUCAACAUCGGCAGAACGCGACGCUGUCGAGCACAAAUUUUUCUCGCACGGCAUCUGGGCCGGUGUUGAGUCGUCGCACUGUGGUGUGGCUGCCUUGAGAAUCAGACUGAGUUCACUGCUGAAGGCCCAGAUUGUGUCCCAGCUACCAAGCCUAGUCAAAGACGUGGAAGACGGCAUAAGCCAAUGUUCCAAACAACUGGACAAGUUAGGUCCUUCGCGAGAGAGCACGAAACAACAGCAGGGAUAUUUGCUUAGUGUAGGUGAAGACUACACGACACUAAUGGAGCAGUCCGUCAAUGGCUCGUACACAGAUCGCUUCUUCGGGAAUAUAAAGAAGCCAGACGAUUAUGCCAAGAGACUGCGGGCCAUUGUGCAGAAUUCUUUGCACGAAUUUGCACAGGAAAUGCGCCUGAACGGACAGACUCGGCUACUCACCGAGUCGGAUGCUACAAGGGACAACGGCAGCCCAAGGAGCGAGGCGCCUCGCGUCCCCAGGUCUCAAUACGUCAAAGAUGUCGCUGAAAGACUACGCAAGACCCGCGGACGCGAACUUCUCGGUCUUUUCAACCCGCUCAUUGUUGGAGAUCUUUUUGUGGAGCAGUGCGACCCAUGGAGGCGCUUGGUCAGAUCAUUGGUUGAUGACAUCCGGGAUGCCGUGCACACGACAACUCGCCUCGUGAUCGAGCAUGUCACGGCAAACGAUGUGGUUACCGAGGUGGUUAAUUUUGUCCAUGAGCAAGUCGGCGAGCUGGAGAUUGAACUUCACGCCAAGAUCGAGGAGCUGCUUAUGUCCGCCAUCAAUCAGCCCAUCACAUAUAACCCGCAACUCACCGAAAACGUCCAAAAGGCUCAACAGGCACGACAUAAACGUGCAAUUCAGCAGCAAAUCAGCAAGAUCUUUGCCCUCAGGGAGUUUGAGAACACGCAAAAGACAUUUCACGUCAACCCAGUGCUGGUUGUGGAACUUCUGGCUGAAGGCCUAGAACCAGAUAUGGAGCUCUUCGGAAGCUCUCUAGCUGUUGAUUACAUGGAAGCAUAUUAUGAGGUCGCAAUUAAUCGGUUCAUCGACGACAUCAGUGUUAUUGCCAUCGAAGACUGUCUGGUGAAGAAGCUCUCUGGGCUGUUCAAGGCCAAAAAGGUACUCGCCAUGACCGACGAGGAGAUUUCUCGGCUCGCAGGUGAGACCGAGGAGUCUGUAGCGGAGAGAAAGCGUCUGGAAGAGAAGAAACAUGUCCUUCAGCAGGCACUUCGUGGCUUGAAGACUCUGCUGCAGCAUGGCCCGAUCAACCCACGCGGUGAGCGACUUUAUGAGUCCUCAAGCAUCAAGCCUAACAAACUCAACGAAGCGUCGAUCGUUUCUCCGAAGGCAGAGUCCGUCGCAUCAUUGCCCACGCCGCAUUCACAAAGCCACGUAGUAGAGUCUGUGGAAGACAACACCAAGACGACCGAAGCACCUCCACCUGAGGGAUGGCAAGUUGGGGUGCCAGAGCCUCCACGGGAUGCGCAGUCCAUUCUCGACUCCACAUUGUCAACCAUCAAGAAGAAAAAGAAGGAAAAGAAAGCACGGCAAGUGAUUGAUGAUGAUAUGAACAGUCCGUGGGGAGCCGUUAGCUCCCUUGCAAACACCCCAUAUCUCACAUCAGCUCAGGAUGACGAACGAGAGGAUUUCUAGUUGCAAUAUAGGGAUCAAGUUGCCUUGCAGGCCGUGACCUUGAUGAACUCGCCGGUGGGCUUGAUUCGGACUAGAUCGAAUGUCAGGUGGCUGUAUACACGAGCUUACAAUAACAAAUUGAGCACCGAGCCUGAGUCCCUGGAUGGAGAUGACUUGCUUCCGGUGCUUCUGGUCCACAGUGACGACCUCCUUUGUAGAACAGUUGAACGGGCUUGUAGGUGGUGAUGACAUCCGAGCUCGGUCUUGCGUCCAACUGGUAUGCACAUAUAUUGCUGGUUUAGCAUGGCCUUGAGAUAGCGUGAGCACAAGCAGCUCCUUCAAGUAAAGGGGAACUUAAAGUGAAAGCCGCG